AGCAGCGCGUCUCUCACCGCGCCUUGGAUGCCGUGUGACCAGCAGCAGUGAGCGAAGAAGCCGUGCAGCAGAGCGCCGUCAGCACACCAGCACAGCAAAAAUACAACCCAAACGAUGACAUUCUUACAGAGACGACAGAAGCAAACAAUCAUUUGACAACUUCACUGCCUGCACCUUGUAUUCGCUGCUUAUUGCUGAAAGCGCCCUGCUCCAACUUUCCGGCCCUGCCCCAGAGCCCAUCGGCCCCUCCAGUCCAGAAGGACCAUGAUGCUCAGCAGCUCCGUGGAGGUGCCCAGCCCGGGUGGGUUAAGCGGCCUAAGUGGGCUUAGCGCAGCGGCCCGGAACGUGGUGCGCUCGUCCAGCAUCUCUGGGGCCAUGUACAGUCUGGAGAAGAGUCCCGGCAGUGGGGGCCCGGACUCCUCGUCACUGACUGGCAACAAGAAGCGGCGCUCCAGUCUGGGUGCCAAGAUGGUGGCCAUUGUGGGGUUGUCGCAGUGGAGCAAGAGCACGCAGCAGCUCAACCAGCAAGACGGCGGGACGAAGAAGCUCCGCAGCACCAUCCGGAGGAGCACAGAGACAGGCAUUGCUGUGGAGAUGAGGAACAGAGUGACACGGCAGGGCAGCAAAGACUCAACUGACGGCAGCACCAACUCAAACAGCUCUGAUGGAACGUUUGUCUUCCCUACCACACGCCUCGGGCCUGAGAGUCAGUUCAGUGACUUUCUGGAUGGACUAGGCCCCGCUCAGAUCGUCGGCCGGCAAACACUAGCUACACCCCCCAUGGGGGAUGUCAAUGUAGGCAUGGUGGACAGAGGAGGCCAGCUGGAGGUGGAAGUCAACCAGGCCAGAGGGUUGAUGGCAAAACCGGGCUCCAAGAACAUACCAACGACCUACGUGAAGGUGUAUGUGCUGGAGAAUGGCGUGUGCUUGGCCAAGAAGAAAACCAAAGUAGUAAAGAAGAAUCUGGACCCCACCUACCAGCAGGCUCUGUUGUUUGAUGAGAGUCCUCAGGGCAAAGUUCUACAGGUAAUAGUGUGGGGAGAUUACGGGCGUAUGGACCACAAGUGCUUCAUGGGAAUGGCCCAGAUCCUUCUGGAGGACUUGGACCUGUCUGCCACAGUCAGCGGCUGGUACAAGCUGUUCCCUACCUCCUCUCUGGCAGACCCCAGCAUCGGACCCCUCACCAGACGCCUCUCUCAGUCCUCCCUGGAGAGCGCCACCAGCCCUUCUUGCACCUAAACACCUAGUAGACACCCACAUGCAGGGGCGCGCAGGCCGAGUCAUGCAGACAUGGACACACGUACUGUAAAUACACAACGACUGUAUUUGAAGUGCAGAACAGGUAGGCAUACACAUAGAAAACAUACACCCGUAUGUGCAGGAAGACACAUCUCAGAAUACUUUACUGGACAUUACUCACAUAUUCUCACUCACAGAUCAGUGUUUUCAGUUUGGAGUCAAUCAAACUUGAAGUAGACAUACUUUUCCAGAACAUGUAGCAUUUUCCACCCUCCUAUUUUAUCAUUUACUGCCAUGAAACAGCGAUCAUCCGGGUGCCAUACUCUACAUUCUAAUGGCACCAGAUUUCCGUCACAUGACUCAUCCCAGGGCCGUCCUGAUGCCAGUUUCUAAACUCUCUAUGCCAAACUAAGAAAAAACUUUAUUUUUUAAAACCAAAGCAAUUGUUAUUGUUGUUAUUCUAACUAUGAGUAGUAAGUGAAGUAGUAUACAAUAUAAAGUAUGGAUAUGUAGCAGAGUCAAUGACUUAGAUGUAAUGCAAAAAAGAAGAUACAUUCUACACACAUGGGCUGAGAGCUGAGAUAGGACAAACACAUAAACAUACCCGGGCCACAGGCUCGGAUAGUCACAUAAUGGCCAUUAUGUGAGGUAGCAACACUGCUAUUCUAUAAUUUCCACAGGGCAGAGUUUAUAUAUAGAUAUACAUAAAUAUAUAUAUGAGAUAGUUAAAACUUAUUUGUGUUUAUGUAUGUAUCGGCUGCAUUCUGCAUGUUUGCUUGCAACCCUUGUAGAGACAUUUUAAAGUGCUUCAAUCUUUUUAUUUAGCUUGCCUUGACUGAAGUGACAGGAGUGUAGUGCCACUUUAUUUUGAGAAAGGAGCACUGACUGCAGUUAGGGAGAAAGAUUGGGGCUUUAACAACAGGAAGAGCGCUAUCAUCUCCAUCUGCAAAAAGAUGACAGCAAAUCAUUCAGCCGCCCAACCGUGAGCCGAUCAACAUAUUUCUGAUCCUGCUUUUAUCGUUCGAUAAUAAAGGACUGCUUUACCACACAAAGGAAGUCUGGGAGAAGAGUCCAGCUCUUAUCUGGGGUUCUUCUGUUCCACAUACAGGGGGUGCCACAGUCUCACUCUCUCUAAAUACCAGCACGUAGACUUUUUUCAAUUUCCUGCUGACUCCCACUUUGAUGUACUUUUUCUUUUUCUUCGUAUUUGAUGAAUCUGGUCUGAUGGGAUCACAGGCAAUCACAACUACAACCUUUAACACCCCUACUUCCUUCGUUGUCACACUUUUCUUGUUACACUGACUGUAACUACGCCCUGUUGUAAAUGGGUGAACAUGUAUUUGAUUCUAGACUAGUUUUUCCUCUUUAAUAUCCGACUAUAAACACCAGUGUUACUUUGCUAGCGGGCUGAUUGUUAGCCUGUCAUGUUGUUUUGGGUGCAAUAUGUCACCCAUCAUAUUUCCUGUCAGGCAGUGUUAAGAUGGCACUUUACUGUAAAAUAUGUAUCAUGUCUAAAUAUUACAAACAUGCAGUGUCUGAACACCUGUUUAUUUAUUUAUUUUUACUUGUACUAGUUGCACUGCAGUGUGUACCUCUGGAUCUUUCUAUUGAGUGCCAGCAUGAAAAUGUAACCUGGGUGUAUCUUUCAAUUGAAGUGUAAGGGCCCAUUUAAACAGCAUACAGUUCUGCAAUUGAUUCAAAUUUUAAUCUGAGCAGUCAUGAUAUUCAUUUAUUUCAGAGAAGGUAUAACAUUUUAUGGUGUAAGCUGAGUAAAAACGUAUGUGCCAGGAUGCUAAUUUCAGUCAGAUUCAGUUGUUCUUCAAAAUGUUUGCCUUUAGGAUGACUUCAUUGUUCCAAAAACAAAUUACCUACCAUUUGAAAAAAAAGUCAAAGUCAACUAAAACCAUAAUUUUGUGAUCAUUUGAAGCUUUUACUGAUAUUUUAAAACACAAAAAGGUAAGAUGGACCUGUCAGCUGUUCAUGUAAAAUGAAGUCUUGAUUGAAAGAUGAAUCUAAGCUACCAGUGUUACAUGUUUUCUUAAAGAUGAAAACUUCUGUUUUGAAUCCAUCUUGAGGCCAACACCAAACUCCUCUGUGGUUAGAGGUGCUAAAGACUAUUGUGUUGCAGUAGUUUGAGGAAACUAAAGGCUAUUUGAAGCUUGUUUUUUCUUUUCUUACAAGCUCACCUUUGCUUGUAUCACCACCAUAUGUUCUGUUGUCCACUUCAAGCUGUCUGUGUAGUUUGUUUCUAUCUUCUUUCUGCAAAAAAGGGAAACAUGUUGUCUUUACAGCACCUAAGACCAACAGAAUUCACACUUCAGCGCUCUUUGAACUUUGGAUAAAGGGAUCCCUGGCAUUCUUGAAUUUUUUGGGGAGGAGGAUCAUUAUUUUUUUUAAAAACCUCCCAUCAUGUAUACAAAACAACCCUGUGUGGAACCAUCAAGUUGUUGGUUCCUGUUUAUUUUUAUUUUCCGGAGCUAUUCCUUGCUGGAUCUGUAACUGUAUGGUCAUGUAUAUGAAGUAAUUUAACGUACUUUAUUAAUUUGUAUCUGUUUUUGUGGAAAGCUGGCAUGAUGUAAAAAUAAGGACUUAUACUCUUGAUAUUUGCACACAUCCUCUUCAGUGAUCGCCUUUUAUGAUGACAAAAACAGCUUGGUUAAUGAGAGAGAGAAAAGAUACUGACAGAGCGUAAAACUCAAAAAAGUUACCUAUAGCCACUGUUAGACUUGAAUGUUCUCAGUAACUCUUUAAAAAACAGUUUAUAAUAUAAUAAUGUUCCAUGUUAUAUCUAAAAUUUCAGAGCUAAUAUGAGUCUGUGUGAGUCCUUUUGAGUUUUACCCUAAACAUUACCAGUUGACUGAAUGUUAAGAAUGAGUAAUGCAGAAAGAUGUAGAAUAGUCCUAUAACAGUGUUUAAAAUGAAAGUAGAAAGCGUUUACCAAAUUUUGAU